UUAAGUAGUCUCAGCCUUUGGUGUCAGGGGGUUUUCCACUCACAGAGUAACCUCAACUAGGGGAAUCACAGCCAGAAAAGACAAACCAACAUACAUAGAAAGAUUUUUGUACACGUAACAAUAUGUCACUGAAUAAAGUGCAAACCCUGCGUUGCCUGCAAUGCAUGAAGGAGAUCCAGUGCUCCCCCGUUGAUCCUGGCCAAAUGGUGCUCCACAUCCAACAGGAUCAUCCCGAGGUCUUUGCAGUGGCCAAGGAGAAGAUUAAAAAUUUGCACACACUGAUCGAGAAGGAGAACAGCCAGAUGGAUCUUUCGGAGACACAAAUGGCCACGGCGGCAGUGAGAACUUAUUUAGCUAACAAGAAGAACAAUCGGCAUGUGUGCUCUCAACCCAGUCCCUGCUCCUGCUAUGCAGACAAGGAUAAUGUGAGUCGCAAGCAGAGCUUCAAGGCAUCCAUUACGCACUGGGCCCCGGCGGAGGGUAACAUCUUCUGUCCCAGCUGCGGCUUCAGCCAACGGCCGCUGAUCAAGACCGCCUCGGAGAUGACGGCCACCGGAGCUUUUGCCACCUGCAUCUUCGCCUGCUGGCCCCUGUGCUGUCUGCCAUUCCUGGAGAGCCGCGAGUAUCUGUACUGCUCCAAUUGUCGCGCUUUCCUGGGCAUCUACGAUCGGGAGAAGAACUGCGUGAAGCCCAGCAAGGAGUUUGUGUCCUCCAAAGGGACCUCAGAUAUGAAGACAAGCAAAUGUGUUUAAUUUUUUUAUAUCUAUUUCAUUUAUCAAAUUGUUCGUGUCAGCAAGUAAGUGUAACGCAAAAGGAGGAGAGCUUUCCCCGAAGCUUUGACCUAGUCAAUACAGAAACCACUUGACUUGCCUCAUUGGUGUACA